AUGUAUGGGUCUCACAUUGAGGCUGGGGACUUGAUCUUUGACCUUAUACACCAACACCAACACCAACAACACGUCAAUGCCUACUUCUGUAAUCUUUCCAAUAAGUGUAUCAGAUUUGGAAGCAUUCGCCUAGCCUCUCGUGAAAUCCAAUUCCACGGGAAAGUCAAGGUCACUUAUCAAGCGGCGAAGUGCAUGCUGCUGUCCGGAUACUUGAGGGUUCUAGACGCUUUCCUGAAAGAUGGGAAUUUCGAAGCGAACGGUUACAAAGGAUGGGAUAGAACGCCUCCCAUGCUCGUGCUAAAGGAUGGCCGAUACAAUCUCGCUAGAGUUCUACUCGGAGGCGGCGCCAAUGUCGAUGGAGUCCCUUUGUUGACUUUGAAGGCACAGCGCUGUGGAUUGCCGCCAACAACAACAACAACAACAACAACAUGGACGAUGCAAAGUUUCUCCUAG